AUGUAUUCCGACAACGGAACGACAUUUGCCGGCGCCGACAAAGAGCUACGCAACGCCUAUCAAGCCGCGCUAUCGGAUAAUGACUUCCAAAAUCGCACCGCUUCUGACGGCAUUCUCUGGAAGUUUAUUCCGCCGCACGCGCCUCAUUUCGGUGGUUUGUGGGAGUCGGGCGUGCGAAGCGUCAAGCAUCAUAUUCGACGCGUUCUCGGAUCUCACUUCCUCACCUUCGAAGAGUUCACAACCUUGCUCUCCCGAAUCGAAGCUUGUUUAAAUUCCAGGCCCUUGGAGCCGCUUACGGACACGCUCGAUGAUUUCGAGCCCCUUACUCCAGGCCAUUUCUUAAUCGGCUCGGCGAUCACGAUGCCACCCGAGCCCUCGCUGUUGCACAUCAAUGAGAAUCGACUCUCUCGAUGGCAACUAAUUCGGCAGAUAACAGAAACUUUCUGGCAAUUAUGGCAAUCAGAUUAUGUUAAUACGCUCCAACAGCGAAGUAAAUGGUGCCGCGAGAAAGAGGGAAUCAAGGUGGGCGCGAUGGUGCUCCUCAGAUGUGACGGGGAUGGCCGGGAGGACGCGGCCGGAGGUGGCCGCAUUCCUCGCAUUCCGGUGUGA